UCAGUUUGCUCUCAGGUUCCUGGGAUGGACCCCCAGGCAGUGCUCCCUGCAGAUCCUCUCGUGAUGGAAACCCCCCAGAAGUUCUUCCUGCGGGUCAAAUGGAAACUGCAGCAGCAGCAAAAAGCUAUUCCACCUUCAGCCCCAAGCCAGCAGAAUAUUCCUCCUCCCACAACUACAGAGAGGCCUUUUGUGAAAGCUGCUUGUGCUGAGCAGCCAGMGCCUCCAGAGCGUGUGGACUCUGAUAAGGACGAUGUGGAUGUUUUCCUUGUGGAAUCCAUAGAAAUGGAUGCUGAUUGUGAAAUGUCUCAAAACAGCGUGACUGCUCCUGUGGAAGUCAACUCCAUCUCUUGGGAAAAUGGGCAUCAGGAAAAAGAAGGGUGGGGAAAUGGAGAAGCAAAACGUGCAGAGCUUCAUGAAGAGAGAAGAGAGUUGGAGCCCAGUGAAAACCCAACUGCUGCAGCAGUGGAAAAGGAGAUCAAUCCUGAAGAGUCCCCACAGCACAUCUGUGACAUCGAGCUGUCCUCUCCUAUCCACAUUCCGAGGAGGCAGAGGGUGACACAAGACCCCAAGGACCCCCUGGAUAAACCUCGGAGCGAUCAGCCUGCUGGCAAAGCUCACAAAAAGGUGGGAGAAAUUCAUCCUUUAGGGAAAARGAGAAAUCCUCUGGGCUGCAUGUUGCUCAGUUAUUCUUUUUCUUGUCAAAAACAKUGGCGCUCAGAGGAGAAUAAACUGUUAUUUCAUUAG